UCUGACACUCGUCAUGUAAAUUUGAAUAUGUUUCCUCUUCACCUAGUGGGCGACCACUUUAAAUUCGUUUAGUGUAUGUCAAAUAAUUUUCGGAGCCUUCGAUAUAUAAAAAAAUUAUUUUAAAAAUUCUUCAAAAGGAUUCGAUCGCGAAUACAAAAUGCCCGAUAAAUCAACACCGAAGCCAUCGGCAAAGCCAUCUUCGAAGCCAUCUGUAAAGCCAGGUACCAAGCCACUAACCAGCAUAAAACCGAAUAGGCCUGGAGUAGCUCGUCCUCCAUUGCCAACUCAACAUGAUAGGAUUUGGAAAAUCAUGAAGAUGUAACAUAAUGGGCAUAAUUUUAUUUCA